UUUCUUCACCUUUCUUCAUCCAUACCUUUAUAACUAUUAUACUGCUUUCAGCUCUCUCCAUGGCCACCAACAUCUUGAUCUAUGUUAUUCUGGUUUUUUCCUGCGUAAGAAAUAAUGGGGAUGGUAGCCAAAUCACUUGUACGGAAACCCUAAUAGUGCUUACUGAUCAAAAUACAACAGCUAAAUGUAAUAGAUUUCUUGUGCUUAGCUCAUCAGUCAAAACGAAUGAAGUCAGUGCUUCUUUUGGGUUUCCAACAUAUCCAGUUUUAGUGAGGAAUGGUGUUGAAUGGAAAACAUACAUUGAUUUGGAUAAAAGAGGUCAGUCCCAUGGACUGCUUUUAAAUGUUGCGAUAUUCCUCUUCAAGCAGAUUGUCUGCCUAAGAAUGCUACUACAUAUGUAUCUGUUCAUAAUUAUGGUGGCACCCAAAUCCAAAUCGACAGUUUGAAGGAAAAGAAGACAGAUGCUGGUUACCAAAAUAGAAAAAUUACCAGGGAAGAUUUCACCAUUUUGGUAAAGAUUUUCAGUGGAGAUUCUCUUGGGUUAUACAUUUGUAAAGUUACUUUCAUGUUGGCUUAAUUGUUCCUUAGUUGUUUCAAUUACCUGUUUAUGUAUAAUUCUCUUGGAUGAUAAUUAUACUUUCAU